GUUGUCUCGAGGCGAUUUCCUGAUGAUGAUGAAUUUUUAAGGGAAAGCAAAAAUCAACACUCUUUUACGAGGAGAACCAGUACAAUUCAAUCCAGAGCAGCAAAGUCUUUUCCAUCGCAAAGAGAAUCCACUUCAAUUCCAAAGUCUAUUAGACUCGCCUUCCCACCAAUUCACAAACAGUUCGAGGUUUCCCGCUACAGGCACGAGACGCUGAUUGAUUGAUUACUUUAUCCUGGCAGUGUUCAUCCAAUUUAUCAUCAUCAACAUCAACAUCAACAAUCUCCAUCAACUGCUGAUUUAUCGGUCACAAGACUCCCAAAUACCACAUUUCACGCUCCCUCAAGGCCUGUUUUCCCACCUUUGAUUUGUUUCUUCUUUGGCAUCUUCGCUAUUGGGUCGUUGCUUACUUAGCUGAUAUGACGAGCACAGCGCUACGUGAAAACAAUCGAAACUUAUUUCUAAGUCAUGAUUCAAUCAGUCAAAAGGGCUCUCCAUCGCCAGCUCCAGCUGAAGAUUUCUCCAGCUCGUCGAGUCGAAACGUUGAAACAGUGCCACAAUCAAAUAAUGAGUCUACCCAGAAUCUACAACCACCAACACCUCCUUUAUCUAAAUUGAGAUCAAGAUCAAUGUCUCUGGGCAAAAUAUUCAACUUUGGCUCCAAUAAAGCUGACCAGAAUGAUUCAAAUGGUCAACCUCUUGAGCAACCUCAUGAAGCAAAGAUCCACGAGCCAUUAUCACCAAGUGUGGAGCCGAUAUCUGAUAAUCAAUUUCAUCAACCAACUGAUACGGAAAAACCACUUGAUCCAACACAUGAAGAGAAAAAAUUAACUACAAAGAUCAAAAGUUUCUUCAAAAUCAAUUCAAACUCGGCAACAACAUCUCCAAAUUUGACAAGUACUAAACCUGAAAUCAAAAUCAAUAAUGAUGAUGACAAUGAAGAAGAUGAAGAUUUCAAGUUGGAGAACCCAUCUAAAAUCCAUGAAUCAAAUCUACACCAUGAAUAUCCUAUCAAGGAAACUUUAGAUCCGCCUACUGAAACCCUUGAAGAACAACCUCAACAAACACCCACAUCCAAGACUAGUUCUGGUGGUUCCAAAUUUGCUCAGGCUGCAAGAAGAUUACGUUCACCUUCAUCACCAAAUCCACCAAACAAUAACAAAAAAGAAGCAAGUUCAAACAACAAUUUCAUCACGUCACAACCAUAUUUUGCUCAUCAAGGUUUACCUCCUCAUGGUGAUGAUGAAAUUCACAAGGAGAUCAUUGAUAAUAGUUCCUCGGGUAAAGGUCAUGGUCCAAUCCCUUUUGCAUUGAAAAAAAACAACACAAAUUCACAAUCAUCACUUAAUCAAAUUAUUGAAGAAUUUGAUCAAAGAUUGAAUAGUUUUGAAAUACCCGAGAACCAGAAGGAAGAAGAAGUCCAACAACAAUCAGAAGCACAACAACAACAACAGCAGUCAAAUGGCCAACCAAAACCACCAUUGAGGAGAGUUGCAUCAGCACCAUUAGGGUUAAAGAAUGAUUCAAGUUCGAAUGAACAUACACAUUCAGAUUCUGAUAAAAAACUGGAGGAAAUUACAGAAUCUAAAACACGACCACGUAAGAAAUCAUUUUUAUCAUCAAAUGCUAUAAAAGUUUCAGAAUUACAAGUUGGUCCUCAAUCUUUUGAAAAAAUUAGAUUAUUAGGUAAAGGUGAUGUUGGUAAAGUUUAUUUAGUUCGUGAAAAGGAAACUAACAGGUUAUAUGCAAUGAAAGUUUUGAGUAAAAAAGAAAUGAUUCAAAGAAAUAAGAUUAAAAGAGCAUUAGCUGAACAAGAAAUUUUAGCAACAUCAAACCAUCCUUUUAUUGUUACGUUAUAUCAUUCAUUCCAAUCUGAAGAUUAUUUAUAUCUUUGUAUGGAAUAUUGUAUGGGUGGUGAAUUUUUCAGAGCUUUACAAACUAGGAAAUCAAAAUGUAUUCCUGAAUUAGAUGCCAAAUUCUAUGCAAGUGAAGUUGUUGCAGCCUUGGAAUAUUUACAUUUGAUGGGAUUUAUCUAUAGAGAUUUAAAACCUGAAAAUAUUUUAUUACAUCAAUCUGGUCAUAUUAUGUUGAGUGAUUUUGAUUUAUCAAAACAAACAGAAUCAAUUAAAAACCCUUCAAUGAGUUUUAAUAACAAUAGGAAUUAUCAAACUUUAGAUACCAAGAUUUGUAUUGAUGGGUUUAGAACAAAUUCAUUUGUUGGUACUGAAGAAUAUAUUGCACCAGAAGUUAUUAGAGGUAAAGGUCAUACAGUUGCAGUUGAUUGGUGGACUUUAGGUAUAUUGAUAUUUGAGAUGUUAUUUGGUACAACACCUUUUAAAGGGGCAAAUAGAAAUCAAACAUUUUCAAACAUUUUAAAAUCAGAUGUUUCCUUCCCAGAUACUCAAUUAAUUUCAUCAAAUUGUAAAAAUUUAAUCAAAAAAUUAUUAAUUAAAGAUGAGAAUAAAAGAUUAGGUUCAAAAUUAGGUGCAUCAGAUAUUAAAAAUCAUGUUUUUUUCAAAAAUACUCAAUGGGCAUUAUUAAGAAAUCAAAAACCUCCAAUGAUUCCAGUAUUGAGUAAAAAUGGUACAGAUUUCCAUAAACCAAACAAGAAUAACAAACAAUCAUCAAUUGAUAUAUCAAAUGAACAAAUCUUGAAAGAAGUUUCAGACCAGGAAGAUUCCAAUGUUGAUGAUCCAUUCGGUGAUUUCAAUUCAAUGACUUUAAUUCAUGAAGGUAAUAAUGAUGAUGAUUCUUUGAUUUAUGGAACUGGGAAUUCUUAUGGUUCAAUUUCUUAUACUGUUACUAGUGGUAAUAGACCGAGAACAAAUAGUAAGAGUAUUUUCAAGACAAAGUUUUAGAAUUAGGUGAUUAAAGGUGGUACUGUUUUUAUACAAAGUUUACGAAUUUUAUUUUGGGUUUUGAGAUAUGGUGCAAAAAAUAUUUAUGAAAAA